AGACACAAGGGUGACGGAGAAACCGCUGCAGAUACUCAGCCUGCAAAACUGCAAAAUCGGAUCAAGCACUUAGACCGAUUCUUCAUUUAUUUUUAUUUUUUAAUUUUAUAUGUAUUUGUUUUAGUUAUAGAUCCAAGAAUAUUAUACCUUUACUUUUAAUUUUUUUUUGUAAGAAAUCAAUAAAAAAAAAUUAGGAAAUGAAAUAAGUUAAAGUGAAUGAAUGAGAACCCCGCCUUCUUUGCUGUCUUUAACUAUAGAUUCAGCUGUCAUAAACCUAUCCAACAUCACCGAUCUCUCUCCUCUACCUGAUCAUAUCCUCAUCGAUCUCUUCCUGAGAACAUUGAGAGCUGGAAAGCUAACUGAGAGAGUUCUGAAGCUGUUUAUAGCUACCGGAAAGGACGAGGUCCACUCACUCAUCCAGGCGCUCAACAUUCAGGUCAUAGUUACCCCUGUCCUUCCUACCAGAUGUUCUGAGAAAUUCUGAGAUUGGUUUAAUCUGUGGAACACGCAGUACUUUGGUCUAAACACCAGUUGCUUUUAGGGGGCCAGACUUUCUGAAUUGGGUUGUUGUUUGUAUUUGGCAAGAUGUCUCUAGAAAUUAAGGACGAUGAGAUUGACAUUGUGAUUGGAGCAGUCAGUUCUGACAUGACAUCUUUCUUGAAUGAAUGGAGACCUAUAUUCUCUCGAUUUCAUCUCAUAAUUGUCAAAGACCCUGAUUUGAAAGAGGAACUCAAAAUACCUGAAGGCUUUAACCUUGAUGUCUAUACAAAGUCUGACAUAGAUCGAGUGGUGGGUUCUUCUACUUCAAUUCUCUUCUCUGGCUAUUCAUGCAGGUAUUUCGGCUAUCUUGUUUCUCUGAAGAAGUACAUUAUCUCUGUAGACGAUGACUGUCUCCCUGCCAGGGACAAUAAAGGCUUUUUGGUGGAUGCUGUUGCCCAGCAUAUUACCAACCUUACAAACCCAGCCACUCCAUUCUUUUUUAAUACUCUGUAUGACCCUUUCUCUGAAGGAGCAGAUUUUGUUCGUGGCUACCCAUUUAGUCUUCGGAGUGGGGUGAAAUGUGCUUUGUCAUGUGGGCUCUGGCUUAAUCUGGCUGAUCAUGAUGCACCUACUCAAGCCCUCAAGACAAGACAAAGGAAUUCCCGAUAUGUUGAUGCAGUUAUCACUGUCCCAGCUAGGGCCCUGGCACCUAUUAGUGGAAUCAACAUUGCUUUUGAUCGUGAGGUGGUAGGACCUGCCUUGGUUCCAGCUUUGAGAUUGGCUGGGGAAGGUAAGUUUAGGUGGGAAACAAUGGAAGACAUCUGGAGUGGGAUGUGUGUUAAGGUUGUAUGCGAUCACCUGGGGCUUGGUGUGAAAAGUGGACUGCCUUAUGUGUGGAGAACUGAUAGAGGUGAUGCUAUCUCAAGCUUGAAAAAAGAGUGGGAGGGUGUGAAGCUGAUGGAGGAAGUUGUCCCAUUCUUUCAGUCAGUGAGGUUGCCACGAACAGCUACAACAGCAGAGGACUGUGUCGUUGAGGUGGCAAAAGCUGUUAAAGAGCAGCUAGGAUCAACAGAUCCAGUGUUUGCUCGCGCUGCUGGAGCCAUGCUGGAUUGGGUCAAGCUCUGGAAAUCAGUUGGAUCUAGCUCAUCUCCCCCUGGGGUAUAGGAAUUAAUUAUGGUUAUAAGUUCCUUUUUUUUUUUUUGCUAGAAUGAUUUCCAGUAUGCACUUCCUAGAUUUCCAUGUUUUUAUCAUACUUGUACCCUAUAAUAGUACUUUUAUAAUGGUUGAUGGAGUCUAGCCUGGUCAAUGAAUAAAACAUAUAUGGUUGUUGCGGAGAAGGUUAUGUUGUGUUAAAUUUUUGGACGCUGCAAUGUGAUUGUAUUGUUCAUACUCUUAUGUUUCUGAUUAUCUUCA